UUAAGAAGGACCAGGAGGGAGUGGAGGAGAAGAAGAUGACUAAGAAGGUGAAGGAGCUGAAGGUGUUGGACUCCAAGUCCUCCCAGAACCUCUCCAUCUUCCUGGGCUCGUUCCGUAUGCCCUACGAGGAGAUUAAGAACGUCAUCCUGGAGAUCAACGAGAAGCUGCUUUCUGAGUCCAUGGUGCAGAAUCUGAUCAAGCAGUUGCCGGAACAGGAGACGCUGAAUGUUCUGGGGGAGAUGAAGGAUGAGUAUGAAGACCUGGCAGAGGCCGAGCAGUUUGGAGUGGUG